AUGGAAGAACACGGGGUGACCCAAACAGAGCACAUGGCCACCAUCGAGGCCCAUGCAGUGGCCCAGCAGGUGCAGCAGGUCCAUGUGGCCACCUACACAGAGCACAGCAUGCUGAGCGCAGACGAAGACUCGCCGUCUUCGCCUGAGGACACCUCCUACGAUGACUCUGACAUCCUCAACUCCACGGCUGCUGAUGAGGUCACUGCCCACUUGGCUGCCGCAGGCCCUGUGGGGAUGGCAGCAGCUGCUGCCGUGGCAACGGGGAAAAAACGAAAGCGACCACACGUUUUUGAAUCCAACCCGUCAAUCCGCAAGAGGCAGCAGACGCGUUUGCUACGGAAGCUCCGAGCCACCCUGGAUGAGUACACCACCAGAGUGGGGCAGCAGGCCAUCGUUCUGUGCAUCUCACCCUCCAAACCCAAUCCCGUCUUCAAAGUAUUCGGUGCUGCGCCCUUGGAGAACGUGGUACGCAAGUACAAGAGCAUGAUUCUGGAAGACCUGGAGUCUGCACUAGCGGAGCAUGCUCCUGCGCCUCAGGAGGUUAACUCAGAGUUGCCGCCCCUCUCCAUCGAUGGCAUCCCUGUCUCGGUGGAGAAGAUGACCCAGGCACAGCUGCGAGCUUUCAUCCCUGAGAUGCUGAAGUAUUCCACAGGUCGGGGGAAACCAGGCUGGGGCAAGGAAAGCUGCAAGCCCCUCUGGUGGCCUGAGGACAUUCCAUGGGCCAACGUUCGCAGCGAUGUCCGCACAGAGGAACAGAAGCAGCGGGUGUCAUGGACCCAAGCGUUGCGGACUAUCGUGAAGAACUGCUACAAGCAGCACGGGCGUGAAGACCUGCUCUACGCGUUUGAGGAUCAGCAGACGCAGCAGCAGACUACGACCACACACAGUAUAGCGCACCUGGUGCCGUCACAGACGGUGGUACAAACCUUCAGUAACCCUGAUGGCACCGUGUCCCUCAUCCAGGUUGGCACUGGUGCUACAGUUGCCACGCUGGCCGAUGCCUCAGAGUUGCCUACCACAGUUACCGUCGCACAAGUCAAUUAUUCCGCAGUGACUGAUGGAGAGGUGGAGCAGAACUGGGCAACGCUACAGGGGGGUGAGAUGACUAUCCAGACGACGCAGGCAUCCGAGGCCACGCAGGCGGUGGCAUCAUUAGCAGAAGCAGCAGUGGCAGCAUCUCAGGAGAUGCAGCAAGGAGCAACUGUUACCAUGGCACUCAACAGUGAAGCAGCUGCCCAUGCAGUAGCCACGCUUGCUGAAGCCACUCUUCAAGGUGGAGGACAAAUUGUCUUAUCUGGUGAAACUGCAGCGGCAGUAGGAGCACUUACCGGAGUCCAAGACGCCAAUGGCUUCCUAGCAGCAGACUAUUCAGGUUGCAAGUGGAGCCUAGCAGAGAGUUCAUCAGGUCUCGUCCAGAUCCCCGUCAGCAUGUACCAGACCGUGGUGACCAGCCUGGCCCAAGGCAACGGCCCCGUUCAGGUGGCGAUGGCACCCGUUACCACGAGGAUAGCGGACAGUGCCGUCACCAUGGACGGGCAGGCAGUGGAAGUGGUGACCUUGGAACAGUGA